AUGCUUGCUGACAGCGGGACCGCGUCGAUAGACGGACGGCUGGACGGCAACGGGGAGGCGCUGGUCGCGGUGGCGGGAUUGACCAAGCGGUUCCCGGUGACGAAGAACCUGUUCCGCCAGCCGUCCAGCUUCAUCCACGCCGUGGACGACGUGUCGUUCCGCCUCGCGCCCGGCAAGAGCCUGGGGUUGGUGGGCGAGUCGGGCUGCGGCAAGACGACGGUGGGCAAGCUGCUGGUGAAGUUGCUGGAACCCACCUCCGGCGAGAUACGCUUCCGCUUCCCGGCGGGGGAUGCGCACGGCGGGUCGGGCCAGCCGGUGGACGCCGCCGCGCCGGCAGGCGCAGAUGAUCUUCCAGGACCCGUACGAGUCGAUGAAUCCCCGGCGUACCAUAUACGACACCAUCGCCGAGCCGCUGGCGGUGCAGGGGAUCGGCAGCCUGAUGGACCGGGUGGACCGCGUGACGGAAAUCCUGACCCAGGUGGGCCUGACGCCAGCAUCGUCAUUCCUGUUCCGGCACCCCCACGAGCUUUCGGGAGGGCAGCGUCAACGCGUAGCCAUCGCCCGCGCCCUGGUCAUCGGCCCGUCCUUCGUGGUGGCCGACGAGCCGACGUCCAUGCUGGACGUUUCCAGCCGAACGGGCAUCAUGUUGCUGAUGCAGGAACUAGCGGCGCGACUGGGCAUCGCCUACCUGUACAUCACCCACGACCUGGCGGUGGCCCGCUACAUGUGCCACCGCAUCGCAGUCAUGUACCUGGGCAAGAUCAUCGAGCUGGCGGAAACCGAGGAGCUGCUGCGCAACCCGCUGCAUCCGUACACCAGGGCGCUGCUCUCGGCCGUGCCCGUGCCCGAUCCCACAUACCGGCGCGAUCGCCCCGACAUACGGGGAGACUUGACCCUGCCGAUAGAUCCGCCGGCGAGAUGCCGCUUCUACGACCGCUGUCCGAUCGGCACCGACUUCUGCCGGGACAACCCGCAUCCUCCGAUGGAAGAACGGGCCGCGGGCCAUUGGGUCGCGUGCUACGAGGCGUGAUUGCCGGUCCGGACGGUACCCUCGGCGUGUUUACUUUCGGCUACGAAGCCGGCGCUGCACAGGUAAGCCACGCCGUGUCGAUGUAA